CAGAUAAGGUUGCUGAAUUGGGGAAGGUGAUCGCUCAAUGCCUGACUUCCCUACGAAAUUUGAGGAAAGAAAAGAUUCCGUAUAAUUUGACAAGGUCAAAAGUAUGGUCCACUUGUUGAAUUCAACUUGAGGAAGAAAAGAUGCCGAACUUAGGACAUUGCAAGAUGGCAGUGCCAAGGUCUGUGAGUUCCUUCGCCAAUUUUGUCUGUGGGAUAGUGAUUGGAAUUUGUGGCUGUUCCUAUUUUCUUAGUGUAGUCAGGCUACAUGAACCCGCUCGAUUUUCUGUGCACAGAAACCACAGUCUUCACAACUUCCAGUACUACAGUUCGCUUGCCAAAGAACUCGUGAAUUACAGCUUGAGAGCCGAUCGGUCCGAGGCCAAUGAGCUACGAGGCAGGGUGCGAGUCCUCUGCUGGGUGAUGACAGCGCCCGAGAACCUGGAGACCAAGGCCAGGCACGUGAAAGCCUCGUGGGGGAAGCGUUGUACCAUCCUCCUCUUCAUGAGCUCGGAGACCAACCUGGACUUCCCCGCGAUCGGCCUGGAGACCAAGGAGGGCAGGCGGGAGCUGUACCGCAAGACCAUCAAGGCCUUCCAGUAUGUCCAUAAACACUACCUGCACCGGGCAGAGUGGUUCCUGAAGGCCGAUGAUGACACCUAUGUGGUGUUGGACAACCUGCGGCUCCUGCUUUCCAGGUACAACCCUGAUAAGCCCGUUUACCUGGGCAGGCGAUUUGGAAAGUACCUGACAGGCGGCUACAACAGCGGGGGAGCUGGCUACGUCCUAAGCAGGGAGACGCUCAAAAGAUACGUCGCGGCUUUGGAGGAUAAGACCUGCAGCCACACUUCGCACGUUGAGGACAUGGCAUUUGGGAUCUGUAUGAGAAACCUCGGAAUACUGCCCGGAGACACCAGGGACGUGAAUUUAAGGGAGACAUUUUUGCCUCUUACAGUGUUCAGUCACUUGAUCCGGGGUCGUCAAGGCAGGGAGUUCUGGUACUGGGAAUUCAGCUACUACAAAGCUACCGACGGUCCCGAAUGCUGCUCUGACCUGGCCAUCUCCUUUCACUAUGUGGAGCCUGGGUACAUGUACGUCAUGGAGUUCUUUACCUACCACCUUCGGGCCGUGGGUUACAGACACAGGAAAGCCACAGACUUUCCCCCGCUGGAGGGACUGCCACUGCCUAAGCGGGAAGAGCAGCAAAGAGGACGCUGACAAGAUACAAAGCCAUUCAUCGCUGGAUUGAUUUAUUUUGUUCACUCAACGAGAAGCAGGCUUUCACACUGGCUGUGUGUGUGUGUGUGUUGGGUGGGUGGGGGGAUGUGUGUGUGCGUGUAAGAAGGGGGAGCAGAGACCAAAAGCCACACACAUAUCAGUGACUAAAUGGGCAAAUAUCUGACGUACUGUUGGUAUAACAUUUGAUACAACAUCAUCGAGGCGUCUCAAUGCGCUUCUCAGAAUUCACUGCAAAACUCUUGUGGUUGUCGGCAAAUACAACAGCCAGUUUUGUAUGCAGCAAUGUGCCCCACAAGUAGCUGUGAAGUGAACGACCAAUUUUACCUGCGGAAUUGUUGGCCAGGACAC